AAAAUAAAAAUAUAUAAAAUAAAUAAAAAAAUAUGAAUGAUUCAGAAGAAUAAAAAAAUCAAGAUUUCUAAGAUUAUUAUUUAAGACAAAAAUACAUAAAAAAACUUGGUAUAGUAUAGAUAAACGAAAUUGUUUUUUAUCCUUAAUAAAAUAAUGAACAAAAAAAAGAGGCAUAAUUAAUGUAAUAGUAAAUUGAGAUUAAUCUUUAACUUGAAAACACUUAUGAAUAAAACGGUUAUUAAAUGAAAUUUCAUUCAAGAUCAGAUGAUGAUGUAAGAAACAAAUAUAUUAAAAAACUAUAAAAUUAAAAAAUUCUCAAAUAAAACUAAACUCAAAAACAUUAAUCUCUUAUUAUAUUUGAUUGGGAUGAUACUAUUUUAUGUACUAAAUACUUAUAAUAUUAUGAUUUUGUGGAUAUUCCUAUAGAAAUUUUACGCUAAUUAAGUUUUUUAGAUAAUUCAGCAAGUAAACUAUUAAAAAAAGCGACCACUUAUGGAAAUACAUAUAUAAUAACAAAUGCGAUAAAAGGAUGGGUGUAAUAUAGUUCAUAAUUAUUUCUUCCUAAAGUAUUUAAUGUAAUCAAUGAAAAUUAAAUAACUGUAAUUUCAGCAAGAACCGAAUUCGAAGAUGUUUUUCCAGGAGAUUGUUUAAAAUGGAAAGUGGAAACUUUUAAAAACUUAAAAAAGUUUUAUGAUGAAGAUCUUAUUACUAACCUUAUAUGCUUAGGAGAUAGUAAUAUUGAAAUAGAUGCACUACAUAUAUUAGCUAAAGGUUUCAAUUAAUCACUAAUUAAAACUAUAAAAUUCAAAGAAAAUCCAAAUCCUGAAGAGUUAGCUAGAUAAUAAGAAUUAGUUAAUGAUAAAUUUGAUUAAAUAUAUUUAACAAUAAAAAAUUUAACAAUAAGACUUGAAAAGAAAAAUAAUAUAAAUUGA